ACAUUCAGUCCAUGGAAAUACAAGCGCCAAUGGGAGUUCUGCUCUUUAUGAUCACUUUGCCACGAAGUUAUGACAAAGGAAUACUUCCAAUGCUUUCUUCCAAUGACGCUUCCCCUAAUGGUACAUGCUGGUAAGUUCAGGUUGUCACGCUGUGGUUGAAGUACGAUGUCUGGUUGUGCAUGCACUCAUGAACCAACACUUUGUAUAAGCGUGUUUAUUAUAACGGUGCAAGCAUAACACUUGUUAGAAAACGUGAAUGCAAUUUCUAUCAUUAGAUAAUAACAAAACAAAUAGGAAGCUAUGACAGAGGAAUACUAUUGCAUUUUUACCAAAAACGACGCCCCCAGUGGUACAUAUGCAAGUAAUUUGGAAUGGUUAUAGUUUUAUGUGUCGAUUUUAUGAAGGUUGUUUUAAAACGGUCCUUAAAAUGCAUACAAUAUGUUGCGUGAACAGUUAGUCACAGAGGCAUUUUUACUACAGCCAUAGAUGUUCUACGCAUAGAUACCGCCUUGGUAACUGCUGUCCAUAAGGGCGUAACUUUUGUGCUGCAAGCGCUGUCACGAGACACUGCCUUUAUGCGCGUGACACUGCCAUUGAAAAAGUUAACUUUGUGCUGUAAGCCCUUCUUUACUUACCUAUGGCUAACUGUUCCUAUUUGAUUUCACAGAUCAGCCUGAUCUAUAUGAACCUAGUUCGGUACUUGUGGAUCACUUGUUUGGGUGUUUCGGUCUUAUAUCUCCUGUAAUGGCACUUAGUCACAGAGCUCAAUUAAGUGCAAAAAUACUUUUUCACAAGUCAAUCAAGUCUAAUACAAAUGCAUUUUAAUAUAAUUGACAGCGUUUUGGAAAUUGGCUUCCAAUGUUUUGAAGCCCUUUUGCCUCACGUAAUUAUAGUCACUGCCGGACGACCUUUGGACUGUGGAAGAAAUCACAAAUGAGACUGGUCAGUAUGAGCCUGGUCGGACCAGUUUAUACGGUUCAGUUAUUUUUAUCACUAUUCGCGUUUGAAAAUAAGGGAAAGUACAAUAUGACACAUAUAAUAAUUCACAGAUUUAGGGGUGGAGGAUGACGUCAUCUGAAUUAAUGACGAGUAACAAAAUGCCAUUGUAUUUACUAUGGGACGUCACUGCACUGUCGAGAUAAAUUCGACUGAAUAACGAAUCGCUAACUGCAAACUAUCCUACGGCCGUCAGUCUUAUUAAAAUGGCUGAGAUUCCCGUGCUGAUCAGCAGGGACGAAGUUAAGGAGCUGCUAAAAUAUUCAGACUUAGUUUCGCACUUGGAAGUAACAAUGGCAAAAUUCUCCAAGCGCAACGCUGAAGAAGUCAUACAACCUUUGAGGACUAUUUUACCCCUAGAGAGAUACAAUGGAUUCCUUGGAGUGAUGCCUGCCUAUAUGAUCCAAGAAAAUAUUUUGGCCACUAAAAUGGUGUCUUUCUACCAGCGUGACGAAGGCUCCGAUUUCCCUGCGCAUCAGGCCACCGUACUGCUGCUUGACCCGCAACGGGGAAACGUGACUGCAGUUAUGGAUGGAACUGUCAUCACAGAGAAAAGAACAGCGGCAGUUUCAGCUAUUUCCACCAAACUUCUGAGACCUCCCCACACUGAGGUGCUGUGUAUCCUGGGGUCCGGCUCUCAGGCUCUCAGCCACUAUGAGAUCUUCACGCAGAUGUUUUCCUUCAAAGAGAUUCGUGUGUGGAGUAGGAGAAAAGAGAAGGCGAAAAUGUUUAGUAGUAAGGUGAAGGGCCCGGUAACUGUGUGCUCCUCUGUGAAGAACGCAGCUGAGGGUGCGGAUGUCAUAAUCACAGUCACCAUGGCGAAAGAACCCGUGCUACGGGGACAGUGGGUGAAGCCGGGUGCCCAUGUAGUGGCUGUAGGAGCAUGUAGGCCAGAUUGGAGGGAACUGGAUGAUGACCUGAUGAGGGAGGCAGUGGUUUAUGUGGACAGCAGGGAAGCAGCCUCUUCAGAAUCUGGAGAUGUAAUCCUUUCUGGGGCUGUCGUUUUUGCAGAGCUGGGUGAAGUUAUAAAUGGAAGCAGACCAGCCCACCCUGAGAGAACCACCGUGUUUAAGUCUCUUGGAAUGGGCAUUCAGGAUGCGGUGUCUGCCAAGCUUGUGUUUGACCAGUGGAAGAGCCAGCAGUGAAGAAUAUGUAGACUCAAAUUAUUGUUCUAAAGUACAUUUUGCUAACUCCUUUAACAUUAAUGAGGGUAACAGUUAAACAUGCUAUUUGUACCUGAACUAAAUUGUAAUUAAAAGAGAAUUACUCAUGUAAUGAGUACAAUAAUUUUAAGAAACUGAAUUAAAGCACAGUGAACGGUACCUGAAAAAUGAAAAUUUCAAAAACGAGUAUUACUAUAUGAAUUUAUAUUCAUCUGAACAACCGCAUUUACUCUUCACCAAAAAUAAAAAAAAGAUUACAAUCGA